AACUACAUCCGCAGUGCGCUUGCGCCGACCCCGCCCUUUCCUGUCUUGUCCUGUAGCCGCGCAGCUCCUGGCAGAAUGGCGGCUAUUUUGGACUUGGUUCUUUCCCGGAGAAUAGACCCCAACAAGGUCGUGGAGUGGUUGAAAACUGUCCAGGAGCGCGACAGCUUGCCGUUUACUGAAUGUGGAGUAACUGUCCAAAAACACCAGUUUGUCUCUUUCCUCCUGAACUUCCUGAGGGAACAGAGCAGUCCGGCGCUCGCGCAUGGCACCCCAGCCAAGACCCCCAAUCGCCCAAGACCCGCAGCACAGACCGGGGGCCUCUCUGAGAGGAGGGCUUGCAGGUCUGCCGGGAGUGCAACCACUUCCCGGAGCUCCAGUCGUGUCCAGCUUUUUUCUCCGUCCUCCUCUGUGUCUCCUGGAGCUGAGAGCGAUGCUGCGGGACAGCUGAGUGGAGUCAGUGCCUUCAGCAGCCCGUCCUUCUCCACCACAUGGAACCCUGCUUCCAGGCCGUCAGGCUCUGAUCGCCGGCAUGGUCAGAGGGUCAGUCUGGGUGACUUCAUGACGUCUCCCCCGGACAUGCAGCCCAGUCCCUUCCAGUCGCAGAAGAGCCGAAAGAAGAACAUGGCUCUUGGAGCACAAGGGAGAGGAGGCCGUGGAAGCCAGCACAGUGAUGAGAUGGGAUUCUGGGAUACCGGUAGUAAGAAGCCAGGAAGAGGAGGAGGUCACAGCAGAUCGAGGGAGCAGCUUUCACCUCCAUCUACCCUCAAUUUUAACAAUUUAGAAGACUUCCCACCAGUCGGAUCAUCACCCAUCUCGCCUUUAAUAUCCAAGCCAUCUAGAAGAAUAAACCCAACGCCUGUCAGUGCGGAACGGCCUCGUUCUAAACCAAAGACCUGCUUUACAUCCACUCCAUUCACCAAACUGAGCAGUCCUCCAAUGGGAGCAGAAGUGCUUGACGGGUCGAUGAGAGUGGGGAGCCCCUUAAGUUUGCAAGAAGAGAGAGAAUUGCUUAAAAGAGAAAAGAGCAAGCGUGCCCAGCAGCCUGCUGCUUCUUCUCCCUGUUUGUCCUCUCUGGAACCCUGCACGCCGCCUAAGACGGGAGUUUUGGGUGGAGCUAAAGUUACUCCCGAGCUGCAGACACUUUGCCCCGAACGAUCAAAGGUUACCUUCACUCCUGAGCUGGACCUUCUGGCAGAAUUAUACUGCGCCUGCAUUUCCGAGAACUUGGUGCCCAACAUUUUUUUGGAGCUCUUCUUUGUCAUGCAGUUGUUAACAUCUAUGUCUCCACCUUCUAAUGACGCUGAAGAACAGGAAAGCUUCAGCACCACAAAUUCAGAUGUUUUAGAGAGAUGUUACCUAAAGCAAGUACACAACUGUGUCUACUUUGCUGUGACUGUGCUGGAGAAUCAAUUCCAAUUGGUCGCUCAUUUGGACAAAGGAGCCCUGCGCCUGCUGGCGGAGAACGAGCGCGUGGCGUCUUUCUCUCCAGCGCUCAGGGAUCUCCUCAUUCAGGCUCAAGGCAAAAGCUCAGCAAAGCUCUCUCCAUCAGUGUCCACUUUCAUUCAUUCAGUCCCGUUCCAGCCAGACACGGACAACCGCUCCAACUUUGGGAACGACAAGGCCUUCCACACCUUUAAGAAACAAAGAGAUGUGUUUUAUGAGGCGCUGCGAGAAUGGGAAGACCUUCAUAACGAACCAGGGUGGAACUUUGACGCUUCGCUCGGAGGACGAAUCAGAGGAAUGAUGAAUCAACUCACCUCUGCGGGAAAUCAUUCUCAUUUUGCUCGCUUGUUCCUCAAGCAGCUCGUCCAGAUGUGUAAAGGACCACGGAUGAGCGGCGCCCCUGGAGAACCUCCGGACGCCGACUUGCUGGAAAUGCUGGGAGCCGACGGGCUGGGUCGCCUGAAGCGUCUGGAGGAGCGCCUCAUCCAACCCCACGGGAUCGUCGGCCCGUGUCCUCCUCCGUCCUUUCCUGGACAUCAGGAAUUCUUCAGGGAUUUUAUCCAGACAGCGAGCUGCUGCCAGCUGAACCAGCAUCUUCAGGACAGCUUGUGUCAGCAGCUCCUGCAGCUGGACGAGGUUUCCAUCCUGAGCCCCUCUGCUUCCAUUAAGGAGGAGGAUGAAGAUGGAGACAUGGAGCAGCAGGACGAGAAACAGCGGUUCUCCUCGGUUCUGCUUCUGGCUCGGCUUCUUGCGAAGUUCCUGGGUUUUAUUUCCUUUCUUCCCUAUCAAACGUCUGAGAGGCCGUCCAGGGAGAUACAGGAGGCGUCUGUAGCCCUGCGCAGCAAGAGCGUGCCGGUUCUGGACGUGUGUGCCGUGUUGGAUAACAGUGUUCGGCGGCGGCGCACCAUCCUCACUGUGCCCUGGCUGGUGGAGUUUCUCUCCAUGCUGGACUUCGUGGGUCCUCUUCUGCUCUGCUACAGGACGGCGUUGGGGACCCUGCUUCUCCUCUACAGACGGCUGCAGCUGCGGCGCUGCGCAGACGUGUGUUACCUGAACAAGCUCCUGCUGGUGUCCGUGUUGGGCUGGCUCUUCCACAUUCCAGCCAUUCCUGAUGACUUUUUCUUCACUGCUGAGUUCACGGCAGCAGUAACGGUGGAGGACGGGGACUCGGGUUCUGUUGGACUUGACUGCAUUCCUCUGGUGGAUCAGCAGCUUCUGUAUUUUUGUUGUCCGUUUCUCAGUGAGUUUCGCAAGCUCCUUGCCGCCUUUGUGUCCGGCAGCACGGCGAAGAGCGGAGGAAUCAUUCGCAAAAUCACGCCCACCUCUGCUGAGCUCAAAGACACGCCCAUCGCCAACAGGUCGCAGCAGAAGCUGCAGGGGGAGCUGGAGCAAGCCUUUUUCCAUAACCAGCCCCCAUCGUUGCGGCGGACGGUGGAGUUCGUGGCCGAGAGGGUCGGAUCCAACUCCGUCAAGCACAUGAAGGCGACGUUGGUGAGUGAGCUGAUGGACAGAGGAGAGAAGAUCUUACGAGACAAACUGAAGUCUCUGAACUUCAACACAUCAAAACUGAAUGAGUCCAUCUGUGCUCUGCUGUGCGACGCGGGCUUGGAGGCCUUGGAAAGAGCCACCAGAUUUUGUGAUGAGAAAAGCCUUGAAGCUGUACGAACGCUGCUCCCUGAAGAGACCUCCCCCACUGUUCUCAGAACAUCUGAAAGCAUCACGAAGCGUCUGGCUGCAGAAAAAGCCUGCAGCUGGCUUUCUGCUAACAUCACAGUGCUCAUACGGCGGGAGUGGAAGAUCAGGUUCGACCGUGUGAUGAAAGCUCUCGGCAGUCCGGACUCUGUCAACGUGAGCGGCGCCGAGGUGGAUCCCAUCGCUCAGGAUCGGCCGGUCGGUCCGAAGAAGAAACCGGGAAGCGAGCGGGCGAUGAUUUGCCCUCCUGGCUGUGACCACAGUGCUGCUCUGCCGUCGGACGUCCUCAUUGAAAUGAAGGAGCUGUUGAGCAUCGCUGUCGGACCCAGAACGGAGGCUGAGCUGCCAGCCGGAUCCCAGAUUAAAGCUCUGCUGCACCGAGCAAGAGACACUCUAGCCUGCAGGAAGUUCCAAACUGCUGUGUCAGAGCAGAUGCUUCUGAACUCUACAGUACUACUUGCCUGCAAGUUGGUAACAGGUGAACUUCCAGUGCUCAUCGUGUCCUCGGGAAGCGACACUGUGGAGUCGGAGGUUUUGCUUCCAGAUCUUCUGGAGCAGCUUGCUGAGCUGUGGGAGAUGAACUUCCUGUGUCCUGACGCCUUUCAUCAGCUCUUUGCUCCUCUCACCGUCACUGCUCUUCUGACGGUCGCCGACUCACAGGCAACAAACUACCUUUUCCUGGUCCGAAGACUGGUUGACAAAGGCUUAUUGAGCGAGGAAGCUGUCAUAUCUCAUUGGAGUAAAUUAACAGAUAUGACGUGGCCAGUGGAGUUAAUUAAAAAUUUCCAGCUCCAGUCGCAAAGGAUGCAGCUGUCUCCUCCUGCAGCUGAGAUGCUGAAGAGCAUUGACAGGUUGCAGGUCUCCCAACAGCCACUAGAGGGAGCAACAUGACAACAACAAACCCACAGCUGGCUCCUUUCUGUCUUGUUCCACAUGUUUUCUUCAAAAGGAAGGCAACUUUUUGUUGCUGCUUUUUCUUUUCAAAGCUGUUUUGCACCUAGCUUUUGUAGAAAGUUCAGCUGAGAUUCUAAAAAAAGAUGUGGGACAAUCUUUGUGCAGAUUUAGGAUUUUUAAAAGUCAGAAUUUGAAAUGAAUCAUGUCUGAUUGCCUUUUUAUAAACUUUGUGUUAAGCACUUUCACGCACUGCCUUUUAGAAACUGCGUGUACUUUAAAUGUUUUGUUCAUGUUGGACGCUGUAUUCACUGCUGAUUUUAUUAAUGGAACUUUUUUAAUGUUGCCUUAAAGCAAUAAAGAUUCAAUCCGA